UAAUUUGCACUUUAGUAAUUUGCUGAAACCAUUUUUGCUCUUAUUUUAUUUGGAAAAAACAACAACAACAACACACACAUAGAAACGGGGAUAUGUUUAGGCUCACAGGACAUGAUUGUGUUGAAUCAACGAGGACACUGGAAAAAAGAGAGCUGAGGGCAAUGUCAUGCAGAUUAUUUUUGAUGUACAGUGAUGUACCAGUUCUCCCAGGAGUUACGCUCCCCUCCAGCAGGUGGCGGUAAGUCUAUAAAAAAAUCAACGGGGUAAGGGGUUAAGCGGGAGAGGCGGGACAAAAGAGAUUUUAAGCAUGGGUCCACGACUAAAAGUUUAGUCGGGUUUACAGCAGUGACAACGCCCGCCAUGCCAGCUUUUAACGAGUAUCUGUUGUGAGUGGCUGUGGUAUCUCAUAACUUGGUGACCUGGUAGCAGCAAAAUGACCAUAAUCCUGCGACUGAAAGGUCUGGAUGCCAAGGCGGGUAUUGAAGAUAUUCGGGCUUUCUUUGGCUCUGUGCGAAUUCCUGAUGGUGGAGUGUGCAUUGUGGGAGGAAGGCUCCAAGAGGCCUUUAUUGCAUUCAACACAGAAAGAGAGGCCCAGCUGGCCAUGCGGCUGACUGGAAAUGUACUCAAAGGCUCUAAGGUGACUCUGCACAUAAGCAAGAUGGAAGAGCUGGAGCAUAGAUUAGAGACAGUUUUAAAGGAGAAGAAGAAAGCCUCCCACCAUGCUGUUAGACUGCGACCACGUGCAGCUGUAAAUCGGAUGAGUUCAAAUACUAGGCCUCGCGAUAAUACUGCAAGUCUUUCACCUUCUUCUACAUACCCAGUUAGUCGUGCUAGUUCAAAUCUAUCUGUGAAGGCACAGAAUGUUCAUCACAGUACUGCAGAUAUACAGACUUCAGAUGCACAAUCUCUUGAUCCCAGUGCAGCCUUUCUUCUUGGGAUUUGUACUGUUCUCCAAGGUCUUCAGCCAACCCAUCAAAGAGAUGUCCUCAUCGCAGACUGUCCUGCUGCUGUAGGGAAAGAGGAGAGGACACCAGAGCAAACUCUAAACUCACAGCCAGGCUACGUCAGGCUCUUUGGUCUGCCACCCUCAACCACAAAAGAUGAUAUCUGCCAUUUUUUCAGAGGGCUUACUGUACAGGAAGCCAUAGUAAAUGUGAGGUUGGGAUUAAACCAUGGCUGCCUUGUGAAGUUUGCUACAAUGCAGGAUGCAAGUGCUGCUCUUAACUUUAACCAGCAAUCACUGGGCCCCUUCUGCGUGGAUGUUCGUGGAGCGUGUGAGAAGAUAUGGAAUAGCGCGCUGCAGGAAUGUGAAGAUGCUGUUGAUGUUGAGGCGAUACAAGAACGCCACCAGUACCCUCUUAAAGAAAGUGUAAACCACAGGCAAAAAUCUGCUUCUGUACUGCGCCCCAAGAGGAAGUCCAUCAACCAGCUGCUAACUAAUGGACCAAAAAAGCUAAAAGUUGACAGUGAGUCAGGAACUCCAGCUGUGGAGUACAUUGUUAUGGUAAGCAAUCUGCCCAAAACGAUGACCAAGACUGAAAUAAAAGAGUUGUUUGGAUGUGCAACCAUUCCACACAAAAAUGUACUGCAUCUGCUCGACAAAGAAGGCAACAGAACAGACACUGCUUUUCUCCUUUUUAAUCGAACUGAAGAUUUCGACUAUGCAAUGAAUCUCACUGGCUGCCACGUAGGCUCCAAUACUAUUACAGUCUCACCAAUCACAAAGGAGGCAAUGAGAGAAAAGAUGAGCAAAAUGCAUCUUAAAAGUCUCAAGCAUCGUCUAAAGCCCAAAGACCCAAGAACGAAACCAAAUCUAAAGAGGAAAUCUGGCCUAGUUGAUGCCUCUGAGGGGUCACUGGGUGCGGACAUGGGCCUGGAAGCUAAGACUUGCCUGUUUGUAAGAAACAUGCCGGCAGAUGUGCAGAAAGAUCAAAUCAAAAGCCUUUUCAGCAAGUACAAAAUAAAGAAGGACAACAUUGCGUUACUGCGCAACAGUGAGGGAAGUGGCAUCGGUGAGGCCGUGAUUCAGUUUAAGUCAAAGAAGCUUGCUGCGCUGGCUCAGAGGCUCCACGGGAAAGACUUUCUGGGGACGAAGGUGCUUCUGACGUGCAUUACCAUGAGGCAGAUGGAGGACAUCUUGGCAAAAUAAGUUUAACAAUUUUUAGACAGCGCUCUAAUGUGGACAGAGCUGUGCGAGACUGUUCAAAGCUUUAUUCAUUCAUUCAUUUAUUCAUUCAAGUUUUUGACCAGUUCUGUUUGUGGCAACAUUUCUUGCAUGAAACAUGAUUCUGCUUUUCUAAUACCUUCCUGUUCAUAAAUCAUUUGUACUGUUUAAAAUAAAUCCUGAAAUACUUUGUUGGUUUAUUUAUUCACCAAAUACAACUGCCAAUGGAAAAAUCCCUGUUGGAUGGAAGAUGGAACUUUCAGAACCUGCACCCAAGAUGAAAAGAAACCAAUCGAGCUAGUUAUUUGUGUCCGAUACUGCACAAGGAAGGUCUCAAAUACAACUUCCUAACCUAGA